AUGGAAUUCGAUACCGAAAAAUUUACCAUCGAAAUCCAGAGUCAGCCAGCAAUUUGGAACACCAAAUUACCAGAGUAUUCUGAUAGAAUAUUAAAACAAAGAGCAUGGGAAGAGUUGGUGCAUAUUUAUCACGGUACGGAAUUGACAAAGGAGGAAAAACAAAAACUAGGUUUGAGUAUUCAAAAAAAAUGGAGAAAUAUUCGCGACUGUUUUGUGAAGGCCCAUAAAGCGAAAGAGACUAAGAGCGGAUCAGCGGCAAAAAAAAAGACUUCAUAUGUUUUCUACGAUAGUUUGUUAUUUUUAAAAGAUACUGUAACUGUCAAUAGCACAACGGGCAAUGUAACUACAGAAAAUGAAGAUGGUAACACAGCUAUGCAAAAUGAAGAAACACUUCCAUCAAAUACUUCAUGGGCACCAAAGCGAAGCAAGAAAAAUAAUAGUGAUGAUCUUAUCGGUAGAGAGUUGAAUAGAAAUUUAGAAAGAAAGAGUGUUGAAGAUGACGAGGAUCACCUGUUUUUCUUGUCUCUAGUAAAAGAAUUAAAAAAGAAUCCAGAACAUAUGCAAAUGCAAAGUAAAUUAGAUAUUUUAAAGGUAAUUAAAGAUGCGCAAAUUUUCAAUUAUUCGAACAUUGAUUAUCCAAGACCUAAUUCUUACCGGGGAUAUCAAACGUCACAUUAUUCUGGUAAUAGUCCCUAUUCUCACCGUACAAACUUCUCGGAGGUUGGACGAGGGAAUACCCAUCAUGGAUAUCAAACGGCACAGUAUUCAGGAAGUAAUGUCUACAUGCAGCCUGUGCAGUCAUCGGAGUUUGGACGAGACACGUCUCAAGAAAUUGUGAGGAGUCGGACGAAUGCACAAUCGCCAAUUUCAACUCAAAGCGAAAAAUCUCAGGAUAGUGAUUAUCUGGAACUUUUUAAUUCCAUCACUGACGAUGAUGCUUGA